AUGCGACGGGGCGGGGCGGUCCUGCUGGGCCUGUUCCUGGGCCUCCUGCGGCCGGGCUGCGGUGAGCGGGCCAGGGGCCAGCCCCUGCAGGUGGAGCCCCCGGAGCCGGUGGUGGCCGUGGCCAUGGGCGCGUCGCUGCGGUUCGCCUGCCGCCUGGCCUGCGCGGGCCCCGGGGCGGCGGCGGUGCAGUGGCGGGGCCUGGACACCAGCCUGGGCGAGGUGCAGUCGGACGCGCGCGGCAGCGUGCUCACCGUGCGCAACGCCUCGCUAUCGGCGGCGGGCCCCCGCGUGUGCGUGGGCUCCUGCGGGAACGUCACCUUCCAGAAGACUGUGCGGCUCGUGGUGUACGCCUUCCCGGACCAGCUGAGCGUCUCCCCGGCGGCCCUGGUGCCUGGGGUGGACCGGGAGGUGGCCUGCACAGCUCACAAGGUCAUGCCUGCGGGCCCUGACGCCCUCUCCUUCUCCCUGCUCCUGGGGGACCGGGAACUGGAGGGCGUACAGACUCUGGGCUCCCCUGAGGUGGAGGAGGAGGAGCCCCAGGAGGACGAGGACCCGCUGUUCCAUGUGACAGAGCGCUGGCUGCUGCCCCCACUGGGGACCCCCAUCCCGCCUGCCCUGCACUGCCAGGCCACCAUGAGGCUGCCCGGCAUGGAGCUCAGUCACCGACAGGCCAUUCCAGUCCUGCACAGCCUGACCUCCCCGGAGCCGCCCGACACGACCUCCCCAGAGCUCCCUUAUGCGACCUCCCCGGAGCCCCCCGAUGUGACCUCCCCGGAGGCACCCCACAAGCAGGGCUCCAUGGGGACUUGCUGCUCUGAGAUCCACCAGGCUGUGCCCACAGAGGGAGGAAUGGCCCCCAAAAGCUCGCCCACCCCGGGGCCUGCCCAGCUGCCCACAGACUUAUGGACGGGCAGUGUGGUGCUGGCCCUGCUGCUCCUGUCAUUCCUCGCCUACCGCCUGCGGAAACGCUGCUGCUGCCCGGACCCUGGCUGA